GUGGAUAGUAGGGUUUUUGUCUUUAUUUGCUAGGGUAUAAGUGUAUCACCUACUUGUAUUUUUAAGAAACUAGGCUUGCUUACGUCAAUUUGAAAUGGUUAUAAUUCUGGCAAGGUAGAUUUCGCUAGUCUCUUACAGAAUUUGGACUGUAUAAUCACUAUAUUAUAGCAACAGAGUUACAUGAAACCUGAAGUUUCUCAUUAGUUUUUAGACCUAGAAAAUUCAUGAAGUUGCAGAUGAGUGCAGGUUAUGAAGAGGGUGCUGGCCAAAUGGCAGCUCUCUGGAUUUCUUCAUUGUUGUCUCAGCCUUUCCCUCCUCUGCUCACAAAGAUUAGGAAAGGCACUGGAAACCUGCCUCUGGUCACUUUUGAGUCUUGUUCAUGACAUACAUUUAGAAAAAAAAGAAAGAUUGGCGGUUAAUCUUUGGUAUACCAAGAGUCAUUAAGUGAAAGCUUAAAUUAUUUUGGGCACCAUCAUGAGUAUAGGCUUGAAUUAGAAGGGUAUUGGGCUUUUUUCAUUUCACUUGCAAUCCAUGGCAGUCAUGGCUAGCAGUACCUGGCUAUGUUGGAAGCCUAAAUUUCCUCAUGAUCAUAUCAGCAAUUUCCGGUCUUUCAGUUCUAUGGCAGAGGCUUCUUAGAAGCAUAAGCCCCUGUCCCAAUGACGUCAAAUUCGCCCGUUGGCUUGGAAGGCUCAGACCUGUCCUCCAUCAACAGCAUGAUGUCUGCAGUAAUGAGUGUAGGGAACGUCACCGAGAAUGGUGGGAGCCCCCAGGGCAUCAAGUCCCCCACAAAGCCUCCAGGACCAAAUCGGAUUGGCAGAAGGAACCAGGAAAUGAAAGAAGAGAAGUCUUCCUACAACUGCCCUCUGUGUGAAAAGAUUUGCACUACCCAGCACCAAUUAACUAUGCACAUUCGUCAGCACAACACCGACACUGGAGGAGCUGACCACUCGUGCAGCAUCUGUGGAAAGUCACUGAGCUCAGCCAGCUCCCUGGAUCGCCACAUGCUGGUUCACUCUGGGGAGAGGCCUUACAAGUGUACUGUGUGUGGCCAGUCUUUCACUACCAAUGGGAACAUGCACAGACAUAUGAAGAUUCAUGAGAAGGACCCCAACAGUACUACAGCUGCAGCCCCUCCAUCCCCUCUGAAGCGCCGGCGGCUGUCCUCCAAGAGGAAACUGAGUCAUGAUGCCGAGUCAGAAAGAGAAGAUCCAGCACCAGCUAAAAAGAUGGUUGAAGAUGGGCAGUCAGGUGACUUGGAGAGGACAACUGAUGAAGUCUUUCACUGCCCAAUAUGUUUCAAGGAGUUUGUUUGCAAGUAUGGAAUGGAGACCCACAUGGAGACCCAUUCAGAUAAUCCACUAAGAUGUGACAUUUGCUGCGUCACCUUUCGAACACACCGAGGACUGCUGCGCCACAAUGCACUUGUCCACAAACAGCUUCCCAGGGACGCAAUGGGAAGACCUUUUAUCCAGAACAACCCUUCAAUUCCUGCUGGCUUCCACGACUUAGGGUUCACUGACUUCUCCUGUAGGAAGUUUCCUCGAAUUUCUCAGGCCUGGUGUGAAACAAACCUUCGAAGAUGUAUCAGCGAGCAACACCGCUUCAUCUGCGACACCUGUGACAAGGCAUUUCCAAUGCUUUCCUCACUCACCAUGCACAAGCAGACACACAGCACUGUGGACCAGGGACGAGAAAAGCUGCAGACCAAGACCCUGACUGGUGAUACCCUGGACCAGAAGGUCUUCUUGGCCUUGCUAGGCCUGCAGCACACCAAAGACAUCAGGCCUGUGCCGGUGGAGGAACCCCUGCCAGAUGACAACCAAGCAAUACAGCUCCAGACACUCAAGUGUCAGCUACCUCAGGACCCGGGCCAUACCAGUGUGCUGAGUCUGUCUCCUUUUGAAGCUGCUUCCCUAGGUGGUUCUCUCACAGUCCUCCCAGCUACCAAGGAAAGCAUGAAGCAUCUGUCCUUGCAGCCCUUCCAGAAAGGGUUCAUCAUCCAGCCGGACAGUAGUAUCGUGGUCAAGCCCAUCUCUGGGGAGUCAGCCAUUGAGCUGGCAGACAUCCAGCAGAUUCUGAAGAUGGCAGCCUCAGCUCCCCCACAAAUCAGUCUUCCGCCUCUCUCCAAGGCCCCUGCCACCCCCCUGCAGGCGAUUUUCAAGCACAUGCCCCCUCUGAAGCCAAAGCCCUUGGUCACUCCCCGAACAGUGGUGGCUACCUCCACACCCCCGCCUCUCAUCAAUGCACAGCAGGCCUCUCCUGGCUGCAUGAGCCCCAGCCUCCCACCACCACCCCUGAAGCUCCUCAAGGGGUCAGUGGAGGCGGCCUCCAAUGCCCAUCUACUGCAGUCCAAGUCUGGGGCCCAGCCAAACAUGGCCACACAACUCUUCCUGCAGCAACCAAGGGUGGAGCUACCAGGCCAGCCUGAGAUGAAGACACAGCUGGAGCAGGACAGCAUCAUUGAGGCCCUGCUUCCCCUGAGCAUGGAGGCCAAGAUCAAGCAGGAGAUCACAGAGGGGGACCUCAAGGCCAUCAUGACAGGACCUGGCAGCAAGAAGACUCCUGCAAUGCGCAAGGUGCUCUACCCCUGCCGCUUCUGCAACCAGGUGUUUGCCUUCUCGGGAGUUCUGCGUGCCCACGUUCGCUCCCACCUGGGCAUCUCACCGUACCAGUGCAACAUCUGUGACUACAUUGCUGCAGACAAGGCAGCGCUCAUCCGCCAUCUGCGCACACACAGCGGGGAGAGACCCUACAUCUGCAAGAUCUGCCACUAUCCUUUCACUGUCAAAGCCAACUGUGAGCGACACCUGCGCAAGAAGCACCUCAAGGCCACCCGCAAAGAUAUUGAGAAGAACAUCGAGUACGUGAGCAGCAGCGCAGCAGAGCUGGUGGACGCCUUCUGCGCCCCUGACACCGUGUGCCGGCUGUGCGGCGAAGUGAAGCACUACCGCGCACUGCGCAUCCACAUGCGCACGCAUUGUGGCCGCGGCCUGGGCGGCUGCCACAAGGGCCGCAAGCCCUUUGAGUGCAAGGAGUGCAGUGCCGCCUUUGCUGCCAAGCGCAACUGCAUCCAUCACAUCCUAAAGCAGCACCUGCACGUGCCAGAGCACGACAUCGAGAGCUAUGUGCUGGCGGCUGAUGGUGGCCUGGGCCCCGCAGAGACGCCCACUGAGGCCCCCGGGAAGGGGGAAGAGAGUAGCUGUGUUACUUUUGCUGACUGCAAGCCCCUUGCCACCUUUCUAGAGCCCCAAAAUGGCUUUCUUCACGUGGGCCCCACACAGGCCCCACCUCCCCACGUCUCUGUGAAGUUGGAGCCCACCAGCAAUUUUGCAGUGGACUUCAAUGAGCCCCUGGACUUUUCUCAGAAGGGCCUGGCCCUGGUCCAAGUGAAGCAGGAAAAUGUGUCUUCCUUCCUGAGCCCUUCCUCCUUGGCCCCCUAUGACUGCUCCAUGGAGCCCAUCGACCUGUCCAUCCCCAAGAACUUCAGGAAGGGAGACAAAGACACCGCUCCUCUCAGUGAAGCCAGGAAGUCAGAGCAAGAAACUGGGAGCACAGAGCAGCUCUCUCCCUGUCCACCACCCUGCCCUACCUUGCCUGUGACUUUGGGGUCCAGCGGGAUCCUGGAAAACCCCACAGGCACUGUGGUGGCUCCCACCACAGCUGCCACCCUGGAGCCCCACGCUCAGCCCCUCCAGGGCUCUGUUCAGCUGGCUGUCCCUAUCUACUCCUCAACUCUUGUCAGCAACUCUACCCUCAUAAGCAACUCAGCCCUCUUGAGCAGCCAGGCCCUGCUGCGGCCACUACGACCCAAGCCCCCCCUGCUCUUGCCAAAGCCCCCCAUGACGGAAGAGCUGCCCCCACUGGCCUCAAUUGCCCAGAUCAUCUCAUCUGUGUCCUCGGCCCCCACCCUGCUGAAAACCACAGUGGCUGACCCAGGACCAUCGGGCACCAGCAAUAACACUGCAGCUGCAGACAGCUUAGGAGGCUCCAUCCCCAAAGCCUCCGGCACCACAAGCCCUACAACAUCCAGUGACCCACCUCCGACAGCCAGCAGCCCAGAGGCAGCCUCACCCACUGAGCAGGAGCCAGCUGGCUCAUCCAAGAAGAGAGGCCGGAAAAGGGGGAUGAGGAGCCGGCCCCGUGCCAGUAGUGGUGGGGUGGACCUGGACUCCAGCGGGGAGUUUGCCAGCAUCGAGAAGAUGUUGGCCACCACGGACACUAACAAGUUCAGUCCGUUUCUGCAGACUGCAGAGGACGAUGUUCAGGACGAGGUGGCCGGAGUCCCUGCAGACCACCACGGGCCCAGUGAUGAGGAGCAGGGCAACCCCCCAGAAGACAGGCUGCUGAGGGCAAAGCGGAACUCCUACGCCAACUGUCUACAGAAGAUCAACUGUCCUCACUGUCCCCGGGUCUUCCCUUGGGCCAGCUCUCUCCAGAGACACAUGCUCACACACACUGGUCAGAAACCCUUUCCUUGUCAAAAAUGCGAUGCCUUCUUUUCUACCAAAUCUAACUGUGAACGCCACCAGUUGCGCAAACACGGAGUUACCACCUGCUCCCUGAGAAGAAACGGGCUUAUUCCCCAAAAAGAGGGUGAUGUUGGAUCCCAUGAUAGCACAGACAGCCAGUCGGACUCGGAGACAUUGGCCGUGGCAAGUGAGGUGCUGGAUCUCACAGCACGGGACAAAGAGCAGCUGCCAUCACAGGGAGCCAUGGAGCGUGGCCCAGCCUCAGAGGAUCCUCCUCCUGUGGAGGAGGCCAAAGCAGAAGUGGUCUGCCCUGGAAACGGGAAAGAAACGGGCCAGGAGGAGAACCCAGAGCCAGAGGAAGGGCAUGGCAUGGAGGAGAGUGCCAGGGAUGCAGACAGCCCGGAGGAAGACACAGUCAGCAACCAGAGCCUGGACCUUGACUUUGCCAGCAAGCUGAUGGACUUCAAGCUGGCUGAGGGUGAAGCAGGUUCCAUGGGCAGCCGAGUUGCAGCCCAACAGGAACAGAAGCAUGCCUGUGACAUUUGCGGGAAGAGCUUCAAGUUCCUUGGCACUCUGAGCCGCCACAGGAAGGCGCAUGGCCACCAGGAGCCCAAAGACGAGAAGGAGGCACCACUGGAGGGCGAGGACUCCAGCGGAGCAGUGGAGGAGUCCAUCCCUAUUCCUGAGUCUGAAGAGAAGCCUGCUGAGCCCCCUGCAGCAGAGCCGACCCUGAGCACCCAGGAGGCCUCAGUGGAGAAGCAGAGUGAGGAGACAGAGGGGCCAUCUGACGGGGAAAGUGCAGCCGAGAAGAAGUCCUCUGAGAGGAGUGAUGAUGACAAGAAACCAAAGACAGACUCUCCCAAAAGUGUAGCCAGCAAAGCAGACAAGAGGAAGAAGGUGUGCAGUGUGUGCAACAAGCGCUUCUGGUCCCUACAGGACCUCACCCGGCACAUGAGGUCCCACACAGGGGAAAGGCCAUACAAGUGUCAGACAUGUGAGCGAACCUUUACCUUGAAGCACAGCCUGGUUCGGCACCAGCGGAUACACCAGAAAGCCAGGCACGGCAAGCACCAUGGGAAGGACAGUGACAAGGAUGAGCGGGUGGAGGAGGACAGUGAGAACGAAUCCACCCACAGCGGCAACAACCCCGUCUCAGAGAAUGAAGCAGAGGCUCCCAGUGCCAGCAACCACAUGGCUGUCACCCGGAGCCGGAAAGAGAGCUUGGCCAAUACUGGGAAGGAUUGCAGCCGCCGGGAAGAGAAGGCUGUAGGGGGGCGGGCAACUGAGCCCAGCCGUGGUGCCCCCAAGGAGCAGGCAUCUCCGGGUGACCCUGACCCAGAGAGCCCAGUGGCUCUUGUGCAGGACCUGCUGGAGCUGUGUGGCAAGAAGCCUGCCCACACCAUCCUGGCCACCGCCGACAGUGCCUCACAGCUCCUGGGGACAGAAUGAUGGCCCACCUUGUCCCCAUCAGCACACACACAAAGCCAGCAGAGCAAAGCAUCCCAGAUCUAUACUUUAUGAGGUUCCUCAGUGUCCUUCAGCUAUUGGGGAGUGAGAGAGAGAAAAGGAGGAGGGGAGAGAGAGAGCGCGAGAGAGAGCGAGCGAGCGCAGUAGCGACAAGCAUGUGGCCAAUCAGCUCGUGCCAUAGCCUUACUGCGUGCCGUGCACCAGGCCACAGCAUGGUCAAUUCCAGUGCCUUAACUACUUACGGAUCCUCCCAUGUCCUCGUGGGUGUUGUGUUUCCGCAAAAUGACUUUUAACAAAACAAAUAUUUUAAUGAAUUUAAGCAUUAACAUUACCUUUUGUAUUGGUGUGUGUGAGCUUGUUUUUGUGAAUCUGUGAUAGUACUGCUUGUUCUGUGAGCUGGAAACAGAAGAAAGCAAACUAUGCCCUUGGAUCCCCAUAGCCAAUAACUGGAAGAAAAUGAUGUGAAUUUCAUGUGUGUGACCCGAGGGAAGAUGGAUGUGAGGCUGAUUUCUCAAAUAGACCUUUUUUUCUCUUUUCCCCUUUUGUUUGCAACAUAGAGGAUCUGAUCCUCUAUGCUUUGAUCCUAGGUAUUACAGGAUGUGGUUGAUGAAGGUUUCUAAUAUGGUUCAAGCCAAAACCAUGACAGAUUUCUAGCUUCAGCCAUGUUUCUACUCUUUCCACAUUAGAAAUGGUUACAAUUCAAGUUUCAAAACAUUUGUUUUUAAUUUACAGAGAAGAGUUACCUCCCCGGCAACUUGACCUAUGGAAAACAUGCCUGGAUGUCAUAUAUUUGAUUUCUCCCCUCCCUAUUUGGUGUAUGUUGUUAAUAUUAUUCUUGUUGUUGUUGUUAUUUUUUGUUCAUCAGUUUGCUGGGCUCGGCAGUCAGCAGAAACAGAUGGGCAGUAUUUGUCCUGGGAGACCUGUGCUGCUGGGUCCCCCAACAUGUGCCUGGAGCUUUUGUCAGCCCACUUUGGUAAUAGCUCUACUGUACUCAGACAGGCCUUUCUUCCAUGACUGCAGAAUCCAGCAGGGGCCAGCAGUGGUCCUCCAAACAUGGCCAAGGAGUGGCUUAGAGAAAGGGGAGUAAGAAUGCGUGUGUGGUGGAGAGUAGGCAUUUGAGACACCGGGGCCAUGCCUGGGGCACCGGAGAGAUGGGUUUUGAAGGAAGCAAGGCAAUGAUGGGCGCAUCACUCACCAACUUGGUAUCCCAGUCUUCCUGCUAAGCCCAGUCCAGGCCUUUUCCCCAGCUGUGCUACUGUUGUUUGAAAAGCAAGGAAAUACUACUACUGGUAAUAAAACUACACGUGCAAGGUUUAAGAUGAGAGGCUUGUAUUUACCUUCCUGUGAGGUGGGGUUGGUGCUUGAUGAUAAAUUGUGCUGUCACUAGUCCCUUAACUGGCCUGAGCCCCUGGGUGCAAAACUCUUUUAUAACUGAGCACCCAUCCUUGACAGGCAAUAGAAUGCCCUCACCGUAGCUGCCAGCAGUGAAAGCAGCAGCUUCCUCUGUAGCUGACCCUGUUCUUCAGUUGAGACCCUGAGGAUGCCCGAGCCACACUGCUGCCGGGGCUCCGGGGCUCCAGACUUGUAGGUGCUUUGGAGCCUCUUGCCUGUCCUAGGAGAGGUGUCCCUUUGCCCUGAUCUCUCCCCUCUUGCCCUCUCCUGCUCCAGGUGCUCCUCCUCUGCUUAUAGAUGUACACACAGACAUACAUAGGCCUUUUCUCCACUUCACCAAUUUCCGGUGGCAAAAAUCCAACCCCCCCUAACUUCAAAGGAAGAUAGAUAAUCCUAGAGGGAAUGAAAAGUGAUACCUUUGUGUAUAAAAGGUUGAGGUAUAUAUGAUUUUUAACUGUAUUAGGGAUGUAUAAACCAGUUUUAAAAUGAGGUUUUAUUUACUGUAGAGAUGAAUGCAAAUCAGAACCAGUGAUCCCUUGGUCUUCUGAGUUAAAACCAGUUCAUACAUCCCUUAGUUGUGUUUUUUUUUUAUUAUUAUUAUUGCAUUUGUUUUUGUUAUUUUUAUUUGGGGUUUCUUGUGUUUUGUUUUUCUUUGCAACUCCCCACACUAAACUCGCAAUAUUGUGGGGAGAAGCCAUGACUAGAUUCUACGCUGCGGUGAGAUGUAGCAGGGUCAGCUCUCAGCAACGUACGUAGCCGGGGCUGCAGCUCGCAAUAAUCACUAUUGAUUGAAAGCUUUAUUUAGCCUUGAUCUGGACCCUCGUAGUAAAUAAGGUCUUGCCACAUUUUAUUAGUGAGAUUGAGAAAUGUAUUUUUUGUUUGUUGUUCUGCCCGCCUCCCCAAUAUUAAACUGUGAAAUUUGUGAUUUGUUGAAACGCUGGGUGAAUCAUAGCUUAGUUUGC